UAAAUAAAUAAAGAGAAAGUGGGGGGGAAAGAAAGGAGGAGAGGGGGGAGGCUGCACUUGGGCUUCAUUAGUAGAAGAGGAGUGGGUUCCCGCGAGGGAAACUCGGAUCAAACAACAAGAACGCGCCUCUUUUUCCCUUUGCUUAUCCCUUUUGAAAAAAUAAAUAGGAAUAGGAAUCGAGAUUUUCAAAAUCUCCAUCCCUUCCUCCUCCUUGUUGGUGUGUGCGUGUGCAUUGAUUGAUUGAGGUGAAGAAGAAGAUAAAAAGAAGGAAAAGAUGGAGGCGGCGAUGGGAUUGAUGAGGAGGAUACAUCCAAAACAAUCAGAGACUGCUCUCUCCGCUCUCCUCUCCCUCUUGCCUCACCACUCCUCCGAUCUCCUCUCUCAAGUCGAUCAGCCUCUCCAGGUUUUGUGCGACUUGGAGAGUGGAAAGGAAUAUAUAUUGUGUGAGUACAACAGAGACGCUGACUCUUACAGAUCACCUUGGUCAAAUAAGUAUUAUCCACCGUUGGAAGAUGCACUGUAUCCAUCUUCAGAGUUGAGGAAACUUGAAGUUGAAGCAAAUGAAGUCUUUGCCAUUUAUCGUGACCAGUACUAUGAAGGUGGUAUCUCAUCUGUUUAUAUGUGGGAAGAUGACAAUGAAGGUUUUGUAGCCUGCUUUUUGAUUAAAAAAGACGGGUCAAAGACUGGGCAGGGCAGAAGAGGCCAUCUGCAAGAGGGAGCAUGGGAUGCCAUUCAUGUAAUCGAGGUGGGGCUGGAAGAGGAAAGCAUGGCCCACUAUUGUUUAACCAGUACUAUUAUGCUGUCUUUGACUACAAAUGAUGAAUCUUCUGGCACAUUCAGUCUGUCUGGAUCUAUUAGACGCCAGAUGAAUAUGGACCUCUCAGUUGCAGAUGGUCAUCUUUGUAACAUGGGGAGGAUGAUAGAAGAGAUGGAGGGCAAGCUCAGGAACUCGCUGGAUCAGGUUUAUUUUGGGAAGACAAAAGAGAUGGUGUGCACUUUACGACCCCCAUCUGAAGUGGUGUUGAGACUGCCAACAGCUGAUUUGGCAUGAGAACAGUAUACCAUAAAAAAAAAUACAAGAACAUUUGUCUGGGAGGAGUUGUACUAUCUUCAAAACAUCCGUAGAUCUCUUUCUUCGCUUUUCUAUUUUUCUUUUAUUUGAGAUCAUUUGAAAAACUCUUGCGAAGCUUGUCUUCUUAUUGUAGCUUCAAGCUUACCAAGACAGUUCCUUUUGCACGGCUAGGGAGCGAACUUGUGUCGUUUAAUUGUAGUUUUCAGUUAUUGUUGCAGUUCUUGUUUAAGACCUGAGUCGUGUCUAUCAACUUCAGAGCAACUGCUGCUUUUUAUUUAUUUAUUUCUUCCCUUGCAA